GUUCUGCUCGAUCUCACCGUCGAUUGGUCGCUGGGUCGGGUGCCCGUGACGGCCAUUGGUCCACGGCGCGUCACCAGCCAAUCGCCGGACAAGCCGGCCGCGGAACGUUUCGGCCGCGAAAGCAGCUUACGGUACGAGUCGAAUCGCUCGCGUGAUUCGAUCUCCCGCGGAUCGUUUUGUUUCUCCAACAGCAUUCCGUCCAUCCGCGAAAGGAACGACUCUGACAAUCUCGCGUCUUUGACGAUCGCGAGAUCCGCACCUAUGCGAACGUGGCGUCGCGCCGCGCCGCGCCGCCGCCGCUGUCACCGCUGCGUUCCGUGAGCCGCUGCGGCGCCGUGGCCCGUGGCCACCGUCGGCAGUCAUCAUUCGUACGCGCGUCGCGACACACUGUCGCCAUUUCGCCGACCGGGACGGCGACCACGAUCACGACGACGACGACGGUAAGGACGACGGGGAGAACGCUGACGCUGGUGCUGAGACGCCCGCGGCGAUGAAGGAGAGCUGAGUGACGGCACGCUCGUACACGCCGGGCACACCAGAGCGAUGACCGGUUCGCGGCUGGGCAGAGGCCGAAGUGGCCGCCUGGCUUUGUACGGGGGCUGCACAGUGAUGGUGAUCUUGACGUUGAUUGUGUACCGUAACACCAUCUCGGAGAUGACCAGGCUUCAAGAAAUGCAGGUGCAAUGCAUUCAUCAGCAGGAAUCUCUCGCUGCUCAACUACAAGUAAUAUUUGAGUACAAAGUACGGUUGGAGAAGUCUUUAGCCGAGGAGAAGAGCUCGAAUGCCGCGGUGAAGCAAGAGCUACAGCAACGCGCGUCGCGGGAGAAAUCGCUGCGCGAUAAGGACAGUAUAGAGGCGAUGCAGAGGUUCAAUUCACUUCAGCAAACCUACAAGCUUCUGCAGUCGGAGCAUCAGGAUCUGCAGGAAGAAUGCAAGAAACGCGAGAAGCAGGCGUUGGAUGAGACCAACAGAUUGGAAUCGACGCUGCAGGACUUGCGCGCUCGCAUCCGACAGGCGCAGGAGGAGAAGGUGAAGGCUUUGGAGCACUUAAAGACCAAGUACCUGGAAGUAGAUGACGAGAAGACCAGGCUGGAGGAAAAGUACAACGAAUUGUUGAAAAGUAAAGACAAUACCGGCAGUACCGUCGACCACCUUAGGAAGGAGAUCUUCCAGCUCAAACGCGAACUGGAAAGCGCCAAAAAUUUGUAUGCUAAAAGUACAUCUUCUAGUUCAGUUCUGGUAACUCCUCGAGCGUCGGUGUUACAAUCGUUGCAGAAGGAAGACUCGCAGCCGAUCCCGGCGCCGCAGCAGCAACAACAGCAACAGCAGCAGCAGGUAAGUGCGCCACGGCCAGCAUACGUGUCUCAUGACCAUCGCGCAGUCGGUGGAGCUACUCCGUCGGUGGAAAAGCCGUUCAACGACGACACCAACGAGCCAGUCAACAAUAUUAGGUUCGCUCUGCAGAAUGGCAACGUCGUUCCAGCUGGUCCCAGCGAAGUGAAAGAGAUAGGCGAGCAGCACGAACCCUCGGCUAACGACUUACAACAAAAGCAGCAGCAGCAGCACCAGAAAGAUGUUGUCGAGCGUCCGAAUGUUAUAGAUGAGGAGAAGAAUGGCCUCGAUGAAGAACAAAGAAAACAGAGCGUGGCGAGUUCACGAAAAGUGGAGAACACUACCGUAGCGAACAACGCGAAUCUGGUGUCACCGUCUGUGGUUGACAAACCCGCGCCGCUACCGGCCAGGCCGCUGUCGAAGGUCAAGGUGCCGGCCGGCGUAUUGCCGAUACCGGAAAUCAUCGAGCAGAUCGUCGACCCGGAUGAGGAGAAACGUCAGGAGGAUAUCCGGAAGCGGGAGGACGCGGCGGCUGUUCACAACAAUUUGCAGCCACCGCCGCCAAAACUUGCCCCGGCGAACGCUCCAGCGGAUGACGGGAAGGAGGAGAAAGAGCCAGUGGUCGAACCCGGCAAUCUGGAUCCACCGUUUGUUGUAAAUCCUCCCGCGCGACACGUUGGUGAACAGAUUGACAGGAGAGCGAAAGACGCCUGGUUGAGGGUGAGGCCUGGAGUACAGGAGGUUGGCGAAGAACUCAAUCGAGUUCCUGGAUUAGACGAGGGGCAAGCUAACGGUGGUGACGACCAAUACGACGGUGGCGAUUACGACAAGGAGCCGCAGCAAAAGAACGAUAUUCAUCUAGCGGAGGGCGAAGACGAGGGAGAAGACGAGGGCGACAUGUUUGAAUAUCCGCAUAAUUUGAAGCAAGGAAAGCGGGAAUAAAAUCAACGUCGUUCAAAUGUUUUUUAAACGCGUCUGGCAACCCGGACGGCACAAGAGGAAGUCGAUUGAAAAAUAGUCAAACGACCUGAUUUGAUCUGACCUGAUCUGACCUGACCUGACCGAUCGUUUGGGUUUAAUAAGCGAAAAAUACUUAUAGUGUAUUAUAAUCUGUACGAAUCAUUCGAUGUGUGUGAUGUGUCGCGAAGAAUUAGCAGGGAUUCGAUCCAUCUUCAUUUUUCAUACGAAAAACUCUUGUACAAGAUUUUAGUUAAAUAUCGAUAUAUGAUAGUAUAUACACGGUACAAAUAAAUCGUUAAGCGCAGCGUUGUGGGCGUUUGAUGACAACUUAGGCAAUUCCGGUAAUUUCAAAAGAUACAGGACGAACUAUAACGCAUACUUUCGAAGAAGGAAAAAAGAUAGACUGUAUUUUUCUAGAUUAAGAUCUACCAUGUAUGAGUCAAGUGACUUAAUCGCGUUUAUUACUUGGGGUAUUCGUUACGAAUGCAUUAAGUUGGUUGGACUUAUUGUUAGAUUGCAUUGGUAGAAUUAACUUUAUAUCGGCAUAAUGUAAAAUACAAAAAUGACGAAACUAUUCAAUAUUUGUGCGUUAAAAUUAAUUCACUAAAAUAAUAAAUUGUUACAAUAAUAAAAAUAUUAUGAACUAAUUUUUUUUAUAUUUAAUCACAUAAUAAUUUACGUAAGGUAUAUAUGAAAACUUAAAUGUGAUUUAUAUGUGAUGCGCCUUAGCCUUUUUGUGUAUAAGUUCAAAAAGAAUUAGAUAAUUUGAUUGAAUUCUUUGCUAACAUCAAAAAAAUUAUUAUCAUUAAAUAACUUAGUACAUCAUGACACAUCACAGAAGUUUUUAUAUAAGUUUUUAUGUAAGAGAGUUACUUCUACUGUUGCAAUCUAAACUUUUUUACUCAUUAUUACUCAUGGCGACAAUGGCACAUCAAUAAUCGAUUUUGUCUAACUUUCGUUAAGACAACUUACAUUAAUUAAAGUUAAAUUAUUUUGACCUUAUUUUUUCUUUUUGUAAUGUCCGUUGUCGCUGACGAUUGCAAAUUACACGCGUCUGUUUUAAGCGAAAUUAAAUAGACGUAUUAUUAAAUUGAUAUAUAAAUAUAUCAAUAUAUAGAGAUGCGAUAUAUAUAUGUAUAUAUAUCGCGUGUUUAUAUAUAUAUAUAUAUAUAUAUAUAUGUUUAUUAUAUCGAUAAACUGACGUAUUAUCAAGUUAAUAUUUUCAAAAACAUUUAAUAGCAAAUUAGAAAAUUGAUAGAAAAAUAUUUACAUCUUAUUUAUUCUGUUCUUGCCGAAAGCCUGAAGAACAACUUAACUGAUUAAGAAGGUGAUUGCCAUUUACUUGACUAAAUGCUAUAAAUACUUCGAAGCAUUUUAUUGACUAAACGGAUCAAAUUUUAUGAAUUAAAAAAUGCUUUGAAACAUUUGUAGUGUCAAGUGAACUGUAGCCCAUGUAUUAAAAACUUAAUUGGGAAAGAAUUCUUAAUUAAUUCAUGACGAGCGUAGCAUAAUUUUGUUAUAGUUUUAGAUUUUUAGUUAUAUACAGAGAGACGAUAAAUGUACAUAACGUUCUUUUCGUAAUAAAAACAACUGAAAAAAAUAA